UAACCUUUCCUAAAACCCAAUCCUCCAAGCUAUCACCAUAUGGCUAACAACCCAAAAAAACAAGUCCAUGCAUUUAACGACCAAAAUGGCCUACAACAAUCACAAGUAGUAGUGGUUAUGGUGCCUCUCCCAGCACAAGGCCACCUCAACCAGCUCCUCCAACUCUCCAGGCUGAUCCUUUCCUACAGCAUUCCGGUCCACUUCGUCGGCACCGCCACCCACAACCGCCAGGCCAAGCUUCGCGUUCACGUGUGGGAUGUACGCGUCACCUCUAGAAUCCAUUUCCAUGACUUUGAAAUCCCUCCCUUUGCUUGCCCUCCUCCCAACCCAAAUGCCAAAAACAAGUUCCCUUCUCAUUUGCUACCAGCUUUCUAUAAUGCCUCAUCUCAUCUUCGAGAGCCUGUGUCUCUGCUUCUGCGUUCGCUUUCUAGCAAGGCUAGAAAGGUUGUUGUCAUCCAUGAUUCUUUAAUGGCGUCUGUGAUUCAAGAAGUUCCAUUAAUCUCCAAUGCAGAGUCCUACAUUUUCCAUAGCGUAUCUGCUUUCACCAUUAGUUUGUUUCGGUGGGAAAGAAAGAGGAUACAUAAUAUUCAAGAUAAUGGGGUGAUCCCAGAAGAAAUUCCCAGUCUUGAAGGAUGCUUCACCGAUGAGUUUUUGGAUUUGCUUGCUUCUGAGUAUCAGUACCAUACGUUCAACUCGGGGUACGUGUACAACACAUGCAGAUUGAUAGAAGGUGCUUUCAUGGACUUGAUCGAGAAACAACAGAAAGGAACAAUGGAGGAAAGGACCAAGAAGCAUUGGGCUUUAGGGCCUUUUAAUCCAUUGACUGUGCCUGCAAAGACAAGAGGGUCAAAUGGGAAACAUAUUUGUUUGGCAUGGCUAGAUAAACAAGCAAGAAACUCGGUAAUUUACGUGUCUUUUGGGACUACAACAGCCAUGAACAAUGAACAAAUCAAGCAGCUAGCAAUUGGGUUGAAACAAAGCAACCAAAAAUUCAUUUGGGUACUGAGGGAUGCUGAUAAAGGAGAUGUUUUCAAUGGAGAUCAUGAAAGAAGAGGUGAGCUCCCAAAAGGGUAUGAGAAUUCAGUGGAUGGCAUGGGAUUGGUGGUGAGAGAUUGGGUACCCCAACUGGAGAUUUUAGCCCACCCAGCAACAGGAGGUUUUAUGAGUCAUUGUGGGUGGAAUUCUUGCAUGGAAAGCAUCACUAUGGGAGUUCCAAUUACAGCUUGGCCAAUGCAUUCAGAUCAACCAAGAAACGCAUUCCUGAUAACAGAGUUGCUCAAGAUUGGUGUUACUGUUAAGGAAUGGGCCCGCAGAGAUGAGAUUGCCACAGCAAAGAUGGUUGAAAGCUCCGUGAAGAAGCUAAUGGCUUCAGAUGAAGGAGAUGGGAUGAGGAAGAGAGCAGCAGAAUUGAGCGAGUCUGUGCAGCUAUCAAUGGUCGAAGGUGGAGCUUCUCGCAUGGAGAUGGAUUCUUUCAUUGCCCAUAUCUCAAGUUAA